AUGGCUGACUUGUUAGCUGUUCCUUUAAAGAAAUCUACAGACGUAGAUAUAGUGAAACCAUUGAAGAAUUUGAUUCAAUCUACAUACAACACCGGAGAAAACAAUGAAGAUUAUAGCGAUGCUAUCGAAGAACUUGCACGCCUGAGAGCCAAUGCUAUUUGGAAGGUUUUUGAAAAGUCUUCACUAGAAAUUAUUUACAGUUACUAUGACCAACUUACAUCCCUGGAAACCAAGAUCCCACCGCAAGAAGUGCAGAUUCCAUUUAAGUGGAAGGAUGCUUUUGAUAAGGGGUCUAUUUUUGGAGGUCGGAUGAGCCUAACUGUUGCCUCCUUGGCCUAUGAGCGUAUGUGCAUCCUAUUCAACAUGGCAGCCAUGCAGAGUUCUCUAGCUGCCCAGCAGGCACUUGACACUGAGGACUCCCUUAAGCUUGCUGCAAAAUUGUUGCAGCAAGCAGCCGGUAUCUUCGCAUAUCUAAAAGCCAAUAUUCUGAUGGCUGUACACCAAGAUCCCACGCCUGACCUGAAUCCUGAAACACUUCAGGCGCUGUCACAACUGAUGCUUGCACAGGCGCAAGAGGUCAUUGCCUACAAAUGUAUCCGAGAUGAGAUGAAAGAGAGCACAGUGGCAAAGGUGUGCGCGCAGUGCGAGGAGCUGUACACGGACGCGUUGCGCUCUAUGCAAAAGGAGCAGCUGAAGACGCUGUGGGACCGCGACUGGAUACCUACCGUGCAAGCCAAGCUGUCUGCGUUCAAAGGUCUCACACAGUAUUACCAGAGUCUUGUGUGCCACGAAAACAAAGCCGUUGGAGAGGAGAUUGCGCGCCUACAGAUAGCGGCGGAGCUGCUGAAGGGUGCGACAGGUGGAGGUGUGCUGCAGGAGGCUGGCGUUCGCGCGGCAAAGCAGCUGGCGAGCGCGCGCCGCGACAACGACUUCAUCUACCACGAGCGCGUGCCCGAGCCGCGCCAGCUGGAGCCCGUGCAGCGCGCGCCCGUCGCCAAGCCGCUGCCGCCGCAGCAGCGCUGGGCACAGGCGCACACAGAUCUGUUCGCGAAACUGGUGCCCAUGGCGGUGCACCAGGCGCUGCAGGCGAGUGCUGCACGCCGCUCAGAGAUGAUCACCGCAGAGAUCAACAAGCUGCGCGAGGGCACACAACUUCUCAACAGUAUACUGGCGUCACUGAACCUGCCGGCAUGCCUGGAGAGUGCAUCUGGAGCGGAAGGUUCGCUGCCGGAGUCCAUCCGCGAGAAGGCGGCAGCAGUGCGCGCGGCGGGCGGGCUGCCCGCGCUUCAGGCUCUCAUGGCCGAGCUGCCCGAACUGCUGCAGCGCAACAAGGACAUCCUCGACGAGACUGAGCGGAUGCUGCGCGAGGAGCGCGAGGCGGACGAGUCUCUGCGCGCGCAGUUCGGGGCGCGCUGGAGCCGCAGCGAGUCGGCCGCGCUCACCGAGUCGUUCCGCGCCAACGCCGCCAAGUACGCGCAGAUCAUCGACAACGCCGUGCGCGCAGACUCCAUCGUGCAGCAGAAGUUCCAGCAGCACAAGGACAACAUCGCGCUGCUGAGCAGCAGCGAGGGCGAGCUGCAGGCCGGCGUGCCCGCCGCGCCCGACGCCGCCGCGCCCGCCGGCGACGCGGCGGCAAGAGCCGAGCUGCGCACACUCAUGGACCAGGUGGAGACGAUGAAGGCAGAGCGCGACGCCAUCGAGGCGGAGCUGAAGGACGUAACGGUGGACCUGCGCGAGAAGUUCCUGUCGGCGCUGGCGGCCGACGGUGCGCUGGACGAGCCGGCGCACUCCGCCGCAGCACUGGGCGCAGCGCUGCAGCCGCUGCAGCGCCGCGUCGCCGACACGCUGCAGCGCCAGGAGGCACUCGUCGCGGACAUACAGCGCGCGCACUCUUUGCUGUGGGCGGGGCGCGGCGGGGAGGCGAGCGGGCGCGAGGCGGCGCUGGGCCGGCUGUGCGCCGCGUACGACGCCUACCAGGACCUCACCGCCAACCUCAAGGAAGGUGUCAAGUUCUACAACGACCUCACGCAGUUGCUGGUGGCGUUCCAAAACAAAGUGUCGGACUUCUGCUUCGCGCGCAAGACGGAGAAGGAGGAGCUGCUGAAGGACCUGACGCAGGAGGCGUCGCGCUCCUCGCCGCGGCCCGCGCCGCCGCCGCCGCAGCACCACGCCGCGGCCAACGAGCCGGCUGUGGUUAAGAAGGAGGCGCCGCCGCGUCCCCCGCCCCCCACCACCACCCCCGCGGCCCCCGCCGCCCCCACGACUUCGAGCGCACUGCCCUACCCCUCGCAGCCGCAGGGCAUGCCGCUGCCGUACGGGGCGGCGGGCGCGCCGUACCCGGUGUACGCGGCGCCGCUGCCGGCGCUGUACAACCCGUACGCCACGCUGCCCUACCCGCACCACGCGCGCAUGCCGCCGCCGCAGCCCUACCAGCCCUACCAGUACCAGCAGCAGCCCUACCAGCAGCCCUACCAGCCGCCGCCGCCCGGCUACAACCCCUACCCGCAACAAUAA